AUGCGUUCAUUCGCGCACGCGAGCCACUCGGGAGUGGCGUCUCCCCCGUUCGACCCGUCCGACCUGCACAUCUCGCCCACGCGCUUCCUCGGCGCCGUGAGUCGCGCGCGCACUUCCUCUCCCUCCCCCCCCAACCCCCAACCACCCCCCCUCCUCGACAGCAGCGCCGUGAGUCGCGCUCUGCCUUUCGCGCGAUGUGUCAGCGCCGGCACGUAUGGCGAGGUGCGCAUGGGGUCAUGGCACGGGCAGGCCGUGGCAGUGAAGAUCCUCAAGAACGCUGCUGACUCGCUGCUCUGCGCCUUCUUCCUGCGCGAGGUGGCGUUGACGCGGCGAGUGCAUCACCCCAACGUGGUGCGCUUCCUGGGCGCCAAGACAGACGCCAUGCCCUUCAUGCUCGUCACCGAGAUGCUGCCCAUGGGUGAUCUGCACGACUACAUCCAGUCCAAGUCGCCCCUGGGAGCACGCCAGGUUCUGCUCUUCGCCCUCGACAUCGCCCGUGCGAUGGAGUAUCUGCACGGGCUGUCUCCACCCAUCGUGCACCGAGACCUCAAACCACAGUACACUGCUUCCCUGCCUUUCCCUCCCAUGCCCUGCCACGCCGCCUCACACCUCUGUUCCCUCUCUGCGCACCCACCUCGCAUUCCCAACCCCCCCGCCUGCCCCAUCCGCCCCCUCAGACCGCCACAUGCCGCUACAGACCGCUACAUGGCGCCAGAGGCACCGCUACAUGGCCCCAGAGACCGCUACAUGGCUCCAGAGGUGUUUCGGCAUGAGCCCUAUGGCACAGCCGUUGACGUCUUCUCCUUUGCCGUCCUGCUGCACGAGAUGUUUGAGGGCGGGCAGCAGAUGAAGCUGCUGACGCCACAGGAGGUGGCGAGAAAGUAUUCUCUCAACGUGCGCCCCAUCUUUAAAGCCCGCACGUACCCGCCGCAUGUCAAGGAUAUCUGCACCCUGCACGUUCACUGCUUCCCCACUGCCCGCCUUCCCGUUUCCCUCCUUCCCUCCACACCUCCAACCCCCCCUCCCCUUUCCCUGAUCCGCCAUGCAUACCCCCCUUUCCAUCUCUCCGCCCCUGCCUCCCCCACCACCCACCUGCCCCAUUUCCCCUGUGACCCCCUCCCCCACUCUCCCCCUGCCCCCUUCCCUGACCAGCUUCACAGCGACCUGCUGGCAACAGGACCUACCCCACCCCACCCCGCCCACCCGUCUCCAGAAUCCCCUCCUUCUGAGUCGCCUCUAAAGUCGAAAACCCCCACCCCUUGUCCCACCCUCCCGUUACCCCCUCCCAUCAUCACCAGCUUCAUAGCGACAUGCUGGCUGGCACCAGGACCCAUUGCAGCGCCCACCCUUCUCCAGGAUCCGCUCUUCUUGUGGCGCCUCAAAAGUAAACAAAAACCCGUGUCCCACUCUCCCUUUGUCCCCCCUCCCAUCACCAGCUUCAUUGCAACAUGCUGGCACCAGGACCCAUUGCAGCGCCCACCCUUCUCCAGGAUCCGCCACUUCCUGGAGCAAACUCUCGAAGCCCUCGGCCCCUCGCCGCUCUCCUCCCUCCACCAUACUGCCACCCACACCGCCUCAGGAAACGCUGGUACUGGCAGUGGCGGUGGUGGUGGUUUUGGUGGUGGCUGUGGGGGUGGGAAUGGUGGGAAUAGGCAUAGCCAUUUCACUCGGGCUCUGAAUGCGAUGCGGGAUGCCGGAGCGAGUGCUGGUAAUGGGUUGACUGGGGUGGAUGAUGGAACCCAAAGGGUGGGUGAUGGGAUGUGCAGGCAGGUGCCUUGUAACAUCAUGUGA